AGCUCACUAGCUACCAAAGAUUAGGACACUCUGCACCAUUCAUAUGUGGAGCACUGAAUUGACCGUUGUACCCCUCCCCCCUAGUUGCCACUAGAACGACCCUUUUGAAAGAAGAAAAAAAAAACACAGUUCUCCAACUUGCUGCUUGUUCUCAUACAUCUGCAAAACACAGCCACCAUUAUCUCUUCUGUUAAUAACAGAGGUCCAUUUUCUCUCCUCCUAGAUUUCUCCAUGUCUUCUCUUCUUUCCCUAUAUAUACCAGCCUUCCUUUCUUUCCCUGAUCAAACCAUCACAAGCUUCCUUCCUUCCUCUUCUCUGUCUCUCGCUUGUGCGCGUGCAAACACACAAAUCGUUAGCAUGCCUCCAAGCUUGAGCAAAGGCGGCAUCGAAGUAGCGGGGAUUGAGGACGGUCAAGCAUCAUCCUCGAUCACCCUGGAAGGAUCAACUUUUUUCGCCAAUGGCCAUCCUGUUCUCACUCACGUCCCUUCUAACAUCAUCUCAACACCCUCUCCUUUCCUCUCCAAAAACUUGAACAAAAACGCAGUCGGCUGCUUCGUUGGCUUCGACGCGACCAAGUUGAAAAGUCGCCACGUGGCAUCCUUGGGCAAGCUCAGAAACGUAAACUUCAUGAGCAUAUUCAGGUUCAAGGUCUGGUGGACCACCCACUGGGUUGGAACCCAAGGAAAAGACAUCCAACCCGAGACCCAAAUGGUGCUCCUUGAAAAGUCCACUUCGGGUCGUCCCUACGUUUUGCUACUUCCAAUCCUGGAGGAACAGUUCAGAGCUUCCCUACAGGCUGGCAGCGACGACGACGUGGACAUCUGCGUGGAGAGUGGGUCCACCAAAGUACGGGCAAACAACUUCAGAAGCUGUUUGUACAUGCACGUCGGUGACGACCCAUAUCAACUGGUCAAGGACGCCAUGAAGGUCAUUAGGGUCCAUUUGGGAACAUUCAAAUUACUAGAAGAAAAAUGCCCUCCAAAUAUAGUGGACAAAUUCGGAUGGUGCACUUGGGAUGCAUUUUACCUUAAGGUACACCCCAAAGGGGUGUGGGAAGGUGUCAAGGGCCUAGUGGAAGGUGGGGCCCCUCCGGGAUUAGUCCUAAUAGAUGAUGGGUGGCAGUCUAUUGCCCAUGAUGAUGAUGACCCCACCAAUGGCCAAGAAGGGAUGAAUCGGACGGCCGCAGGUGAGCAAAUGCCAUGUAGGCUAAUAAAAUUUGAAGAGAACCAUAAGUUUAGGGACUAUGUUAGUCCUAGGGUACCCCAUGAUAAGGGCAUGGGGGCCUUUGUUAGGGACAUUAAAGAGGAAUUUAAGAGUGUAGAAAAUGUGUAUGUUUGGCAUGCACUUUGUGGGUACUGGGGUGGGAUUAGGCCUAACGUCAAUGGCAUGCCUGAGUGUAGGGUAAUUUCUCCCAAGUUAUCGGAGGGUUUGGAGAUGACUAUGGAGGAUCUGGCCGUGGACAAGAUUGUGAACAAUGGGGUCGGGUUGGUGCCGCCGGAGACAGUGGACCGGAUGUACGAAGGGCUCCACUCGCACCUCGAGUCUGUCGGGAUCGAUGGUGUCAAGGUUGACGUGAUACAUAUACUUGAAAUGCUAGCAGAGGAAUAUGGUGGGAGGGUGGAGUUGGCUAAAGCAUAUUACAAGGCAUUGACUGAUUCAGUGAGGAAACAUUUCAAAGGGAAUGGGGUGAUUGCUAGCAUGGAGCACUGCAAUGACUUCAUGUACCUCGGAACCGAGGCGAUCGCUCUCGGUCGCGUAGGAGAUGAUUUCUGGUGCACUGAUCCGUCCGGGGACCCGAACGGGACCUUCUGGCUCCAAGGCUGCCACAUGGUGCAUUGCGCGUACAACAGCCUGUGGAUGGGGAACUUCAUCCACCCUGACUGGGACAUGUUCCAGUCGACUCACCCUUGCGCCGGAUUCCACGCCGCGUCCCGAGCCAUCUCCGGCGGACCCAUCUACGUUAGCGACUCAGUCGGGAAGCACGAUUUCCAGUUGCUCAGGAGCUUGGUGUUACCUGAUGGGUCUGUCUUGCGCUGCCGGUGUUACGCGCUCCCGACCCGAGAUUGUUUGUUUGAAGAUCCGUUGCAUGAUGGCAAAACCAUGCUCAAGAUUUGGAACCUCAACAAAUUCACUGGAGUUCUUGGGGCUUUUAACUGCCAAGGAGGGGGAUGGUGCCCAGAAUCCAGGCGAAACAUAAGUGCAAGCCAUUGUUCACACACUGUGACCUGUUUGGCUGGCCCAAAAGAUGUAGAAUGGGCCACUGGCGAAAACCCAAUUCCCAUCAAAGGAGUUGACACUUUUGCCAUAUACAUGUCCCAACAAAAGGAAAUAAAACUAUUGAAGCCAUCAGAAAGCCUGGAAAUUUCCCUCCAGCCAUUUGACUAUGAACUUCUCACAAUCUCUCCUGUCAAGAAUUUACCGGGUAAAGCGGUCCAGUUUGCUCCGAUCGGAUUGGUCAACAUGCUCAACUCCGGUGGUGCGCUCCAGACGCUAGAGUUCAAUGAUCAUGGGGGUUCGGUACUAGUUGGAGUGAGGGGUGCAGGGGAGAUGAAGGCUUUUGCAUCAGAAAAGCCGGUGAUGUGCCAAAUUGAUGGUGCGGAUGUGGAUUUCUAUUAUGAUUAUGACGAUCGGAUGGUCACGGUUCAAGUUCCGUGGCCCAAUUAUUCGAGACUAUCGUGGAUCAAGUACUUGUUUUGAGGUUUAAAGAAUUGUCUACUCUCAUUCAAGCUUUGUAUCCUACACUGGUGUAAUGGGUGAAAGCUUUAGUGUGAAUUUGUGUGCGCUGAAAUUCUGUUCUUGAACCUUGAGUUUAUCUUAAUUGCUGUUUCUUU